UAAGCCUGCUGCUAUCGUCGUGAGGGUGAAGUGCUGCUAAACUUGCGUAACGUUUGGCCUCCUGACACCGCCCAGUGAAAGAGGAAAGAAGGCGAAUCUGUCAUUCCGCUUCUCUUCAUCUAAUGGCUGCCUCCUUGACGUGCUCUCUCCAGUCAUGCUUUCUCAAGUCUGGAUUUUUGGGUGAAAGAAGUGAGCUUAGCUGCAUGAAGGGUCCUCCUAUCACAAGGAUAGGAUUUUUUAGGAAGAAUGUGGAGUGCAAGGAAUCGAGAAUUGGAAAACAUCCAAUAGAAGUUCCAUCAAAUGUGACAAUCGCUUUGGAAGGGCAGAAUCUAAAGGUGAAGGGUCCAUUGGGUGAGCUCUCUAGGACUUAUCCACGUGAAGUAAAGGUAGAAAGGCUGGAAUCUGGACUAGUGAAGGUCUCCAAGGCCCUGGAGAACAGGAGAGCCAACCAAAUGCACGGGUUGUUCAGAACUCUUACAGACAACAUGAUUGUUGGUGUAUCAAAGGGUUUCGAGAAGCGGCUCCAGCUGAUUGGUGUGGGUUAUCGUGCUAUCUUAGAGGGAAAAACAUUAGUACUGAAUCUUGGGUUCUCACAUCCAGUGCGGAUGGCAAUACCUGAAGGCAUCCAAGUUAAGGUUGAGGAUAAUACAAGAAUAGCAGUUUCCGGUAAUGACAAAUGUGCAGUAGGUGACUUCUGUGCCUCUGUGAGAAAGUGGAGACCCCCAGAACCAUACAAAGGCAAGGGUAUCAAAUAUGCAGACGAGAUCAUUAGAAGAAAGGAAGGCAAAGCUGGGAAGAAAAAGUAGAAGCUAUGAGUUUCUUCCUUUUUCGAUAGUUUUGUUUUGUGAAAGUCGUUGUUUGUAUCAAGAAACAGUUUGAGGAUGUGCAUAUGCUUACCUAUGUGAGACAUUAUUUUGUGGAAAUCUAUCAGAAGAUUCAUUUUUUUA